AUGUCUUUCCCCUCUUCCCCUCCAUCCAUCUCACUCUCGAACUCAGCAGCGCCUAACCUUCCUCUCCCCGCGAAAGUCGAAAAAGUGACGGAAACGGAAAACAGAAUGCCUUCAAUUCCAAUAACAAUCCUGACCGGCUUCCUCGGUUCCGGCAAAACAACAUUAUUAUUGAACCUUCUUCCACAACUCCCGAAAUCAUACAAACUCGCCUUGCUGAAAAAUGAAUUUGGCGACGUAGCCAUUGACUCCCAACUCGCCUCCACUUCCGCCAUCUCAGGCGUCCGCGAACUCCUCAAUGGCUGUAUUUGCUGCAACCUGGUAGGGCAACUCUCUGACGCUCUCUCCGAACUCGAAUCAACUGUGGAUCCAGACCGGAUCAUCAUCGAGACAAGCGGGAGCGCAUUCCCCGCUACGUUGGCGAUGGAAGUGAAUCGACUUUCUCGAGAAUCACCACACAAUGAAGACGGAAGCAGCAAGUAUACACUGGAUGGAGUUGUGUCUGUCAUCGACGUGGAGAAUUGGGCGGGCUACGAGGACACGAGCUACACUGCGAAGAUACAGGCUAGGUAUACGGAUCUUAUCGUGUUUAAUAAGUGGGAACAUGUGUCAGAGCGACGGUUUGAUGAGGUCCUUGAUCGGGUUGGUGAUCUGGAGGUUCAAACCCCGUGGGUAAAAAGUGACAAGGGGAGGGUGGAGAAGGAUGUGCUGCUUGGGAUUGAUGGGGCGCUGUUUGCAAAGCAGGUUAUCGAGAACGGACAUGAACAUGGACAUGAGCAUGCAGAUGGGCAUGGACACGAGCAUGGGCAUCAGUCCGAGGUAGAAGUUUUGUCUGUUACGCUACGGCAGACCGAAGGAACAGGAGCAUCGACAAUUGACGUACCCGCGUUGGAAAAGCUCCUCUCCUCAGCUCCCAAGGAAGAGGUUUACCGGAUUAAGGGGAUCCUGCGCUGUUCGACGCAGACGCCGCUGGCGAGUUCGUCGGAUGACUUGGAUGUGCGGCCAUCGCCUUCAAACUCUAGCGACUCAGCGUACUACAUUCUCAACUGGGCCUUUGGGCGAUGGACGUGCACGAGCUCGGAAGUUGUGGCGGAUGCUGCUGAUCCGGCUACAGUUGCGCGGAUUACAUUUAUCCUGGCAAGGUAUGAAUCGGCGAAGUGGAAGAAGAAGUUGGAUGGUGGGGCGUUGGUGCAAAGCGAUGGGGCGGAGUUGAAUGUUGAGCGCCUUGUAUAG